CAAAAGCCGGAUUCCCUCCCCAAGCAUGAUUUAUGCUUCCAUUCAUAGAAACCGACAUCUGGAUUUACAGAGCUCUCUACCCUCCACCAUUUCUACAUACUCUGGUCUAGAACUCGUUUAUUCCUUUCUUCACAUCUUCAAACCAAAUCAAAUAUUCAAAUCCAGCAAAGUAUAUAUUUUUAUUUAAUUUUUAUAUUUUUUUGGAGCUUGAUCCGAAUUGAUUUAGUUUCAAAUGGAAGAAAGCGCGUUACCGUUCACCUGCCUUCCCGUGCAUUUAUGCUUUCUAGAACGUGCGGAGAAGUCAUUAAAAAACCUCGCAGCAAAGUAAAUCAUCUUUUUGAUAGCAUUAGUAUAAUUUUCUAUUCUCGGAAAGCCUACUACUGAUCUGCUAUCGAUUCGGCGGUGGCGUGAGGAAGUGAUGGCUGGAGAAUCGUUCAUAUACAGCUUUGUGGCUCGGGGAACUAUGGUUCUGGCGGAGUACACAGAGUUCACCGGGAACUUCCCGGCGAUUGCCGAUCGCUGCCUGCAGAAGCUUCCAUCAACUAACAACAAGUUCACUUAUAACUGUGAUCACCACACUUUUAACUUCCUAGUUGAAGAUGGUUAUGCUUAUUGUGUUGUGGCCAAAGAUUCAGUUGGAAAGCAAAUUUCGAUUGCCUUUUUGGAACGUUUAAAAGCAGACUUUAAGAAAAGAUAUGGUGGUGGUAAAGCAGAUACGGCUGUUGCGAAGAGUUUGAAUAAAGAAUUUGGACCAUGUAUGAAGGAGCACAUGAAGCACAUAAUUGACCAUGCUGACGAAAUUGAGAAACUACUAAAGGUUAAGGCUCAAGUCUCUGAAGUCAAAAGCAUUAUGCUCGAAAACAUAGACAAGGCUAUUGAAAGAGGAGAAAAUUUGACAACUCUUACCAACAAGGCAGAAGAUCUACAAAAUUCGGCCAAACAAUUCAAGAAACAGGGGACUGAAAUCCGUCGCAAGAUGUGGUAUCAGAACAUGAAAGUAAAGCUGGUUGUGCUAGGAAUUCUCGUCUUUUUGGUGCUUGUAAUCUGGCUUUCUGUUUGUCAUGGCUUCAACUGCGCCAACUAGCAUAGUCAUUCUCGCGCAACUAGGCAUACCUGAUUCACUUCUAGUCUUCCAAACAAGACAUUGAGAAGCACUUCAUGCUUGCAGAACAUUACAAUGAAGCUGUGGGGUUUCUUUUUCUUUUCUUAUAUUGUUCAUUCUAUAUUCUUGCCCCAAAAGAAGGAAAUGGUCAGUAGGAGGGCGGGCGGGCAGGAGGCUUGUUGUGCUGCAAUUGCAUAUUCUUUAGGUUAGAUGAGAUGUAAACAUUCUUUAGAUUGAAAUAUAGCGGAAAGGAUGAUUUUUGCAAUAGAAUGAGCUACUACUAUUCAAUUUGUAUACAUUCAUUCCAAUAAUCAACCGAUCACUCGAAAAUAACUAUGUUACCGUAACAGAGCUUUUCGCAAACAGGUUGGCAAAAGAUGUUCGUUUACGGAAUUACGUAUCAGCUAUGUUUUUAUUUUCAAACAUUG